AUGAGUCGCUCCCUUGAUCCUAUUUCAAAUGAGAGAUCUGAGUUCAACCAGAAAUCUCAAGCGUUAAGGUUAUUUCCACCACUUGAAAAGGAUCUCUUUUCUUUAAAGAAACGCAGAAGGAUUGUGAAUAAUGUGUCUAACGGCCCUCUUCAUUCUUUUGGAUUAGAAAGUGAACCACGGAUGUAUUCCUCCGUUAACCCAAGCGGAUUCUUUCCGGAAACUUACGGGUUUUUUCAGGUUCCGGAAUACUCUAAAGGACGCAAUCAGUUCGAUAUCUCGUUAAAACUUGAUGAAUUGCGUAAAAAACAAUCUACCCAACAUCUCAAAGAGGCGCGCGAAACGAAAGGUCUUUUGAAGAAAUUACAUGAACUUAAGAGGCCCCAAACUUGUAUAACAGAGAACACACGGAGUGUGUCUAGCUUGCGAUCUUCUUCCCAAGGCCGCUCUUCGAUUAAAUACAUACGGCCCAAGCUUGUGUUCGCCAAAUUUGAAAAUCCCAUCAUAAACCGAUCGGAUGUCCACAGCCGAUCUGCACAAAAAUUGGCAGAAACUUCACGAAUAGACUACAGAGUGCUCCAAGACUACGAAGUAUUUCCCUUGAAUAGCUGUAUCCUCGGUCAGAAUUCUGCAGUGGAGAAUAAUUACCACGCGGACGGUUCACUAUCUUUCCUCACCGAUGAUUUAGCUUACGGGAGGUUGCAUAUGAGAAAAAAACCCACGCGGAUGGGUAACAAUGGAAAGUAG